AUGAAUGAGCCAUUAGUAGAAGAAACGGUUGAACUCCUGCAAAAUCAAAAUUAUACUAAUGAAGAUAAUUUAGCCAAGAAUGUUAUACAAAAAGAAAUACCAAAUCGUAACCGAUGUUUAUCAAAUCGCCGUCUUCUCAGUCAAGCAACUAUUGCAGAAACCAGUGUUAUUAGCAACAACAUACUCCAGCAACCAUUAAAGGAAUUUCCGGUCAUCAAUUUCAUACAUACAGUUCGACCAAAUUGGCCUCCCUCACGAAAACGAGAAGAGGCACGAGUACUAGAAAAUUUAAAAAAACUUGUAGAAAGAUCAAAGCUUUUCAAAGAUAAUCAAACUUCUGGAUCGGAAGGUUCGACUGUAAUCCAAUCAACUCAAAUAAAUAAUGAGCAAUAUAAAAAAUUGGAAAAUAGGCCACAACUUCUGACUAAA